CGUGUCGGGGAAAAGCAAGCGUGCGAAAGAUGGGAAGGGCUCGGCUUUCCAGAGUAAAAACGGACUUUUUGCGGGGUUCAUUAGAAACAAAUUAGGUUUGAGGCCGUCCGCUUUUGCAAGAGGAAUAUCAGUAUUGGUCCUCGUAGGCAACUUCUACCACAUCAUCUAAAUAGACUCAUUCUGGUUGGUCAGAUAAGAGUCCUGCAGUGUGGCCACGUAGCGAUCAGUCUUUGGACAGUCACCUAACCUGAUGUGUUUAUUUUCCACAGCUCUUAUUGUGGGAUUUUUACACUGGUAUCAUCUCUCACAUAUAUUUGAAAAUGACAGACACUUUUCCCACAUGUCAUCCUUGGAAAAGGAGAUGGCCUUUCGAACAGAGAUGGGACUGUAUUACUCAUACUUUAAGACCAUCAUUGAGGCUCCUUCUUUCAUGGACGGUCUUUAUAUGAUCAUGAAUGACCGGCUCACUGAAUACCCUCUGGUGAUAAACACUCUAAAGAGGUUUAACUUGUACCCUGAGGUGGUCUUGGCCAGCUGGUACAGAGCAUACACAAGCACAAUGAAUUUCUUUGGGAUCCCUACUAAGAUGUGUUGGACCAUCAACAGAGGGGAGGAUCUGGAUCCAGUUGAGAGUUGUGAAGGUCUGGGGGAUCCCGCAUACUUUUAUGUCACAUUUGUGUUCCUGUUAAAUGGGGCAAUGAUGAGCCUCUUCUUCAUUUAUGGAACAUAUCUGAGUGGCAGUCGACUGGGUGGCACUGUUACAGUUCUGUGUUUCUUCUUUAAUCAUGGAGAGAGUACUCGGGUCAUGUGGACACCACCUCUGAGAGAGAGCUUCUCCUACCCCUUCCUGGUUCUGCAGAUGCUUCUGCUCACUUACAUCCUCCGGACAAGGAACCCAAGCAAGAACACCAUGAUGGCUCUGGGAAUCUCCAAUAUUUUCUUCAUGCUGCCAUGGCAGUUUGCUCAGUUUGUCCUUCUUACUCAGGUGGCAUCACUUUUUGCUUCAUACAUCCUGGGAUAUCUGAGUCCGGCAAAAAUGCAGUCCGUCUUAGUGACACACAUGAUCUCCUUGGCUGUCUGUUUUCUUCUGAUGUUCGGGAACUCGAUGCUGCUGACGUCCUUCUACGCCUCUUCACUGGUCUCCAUGUGGGGGGUAAUUGCACUCAGGGAUCGUUUGGUCGGUAUAUUCAAACCUGGACUCUUCACAUGGGUCAUGCAGUGCCUUGCAUGGGUGGUCUCCACUGUCAUUCUGAAGUUCAUGCUCUCAGUGAUUUUUGGGGCAUCAGAUGAUGCCCACAUCAGCAGUCUGAUCAAAUCCAAGUUCACAAGUUACCAAGACUUUGACACAAUGAUGUACACGUGUGCAGCUGAGUUUGACUUCAUCGAAACAGAGACUCUCAUCCGGUACAUCAAAACCAUGCUGCUUCCAGUUAACGUGCUGAUUGUGGGUUUUAUUGCUGGAAGGACUAUACAGGACAUUAUUGGGUUCCUCAGAAAUAAGAAGACAGAAAAGUCAGAGGAUGAUGAAAUGGAGCAGACCCAGAUGUUGGCAAAGGGAGUGCUGGUUUAUCACAGUCUGCAGUUGGUGGCGUUUGCAGUGUUGGCUGUGCUCAUCAUGAGACUGAAGCUCUUCCUCACUCCUCACAUGUGCAUCAUGUCCUGCUUGAUCUGCUCCAGACAGCUGUUCGGCUGGGUAGGAGAGAAGUUUAAACUCCAGUUGACAGUCGUGGGAAUAUUGUCCAUCAUGGCAGUCCAAGGAGUCGCCAACCUGCAGAGUCAAUGGGACAUCAUAGGAGAAUUCAGUAACUUCCCUCAGGAAGAGCUCCUGGAGUGGAUCAAGGACAACACAAGGCCUAAUGCUGUGUUUGCUGGUGCGAUGCCCACCAUGGCGAGUGUGAAACUGUCCACAGGAAGAGCCAUAGUGAACCACCCGCACUAUGAAGACGCAGGAUUGAGAGAAAGAACAAAGAUGGUAUAUGCCAUGUACAGCCGAAAGCCAGCUGAGGUAGUGAAGCGAAACUUGAUAAAGCUGCAGGUGGACUAUUUCAUCUUAGAGGACUCGUGGUGCACCAGACGCUCCAAGCCCGGUUGCAGCAUGCCUGAGAUCUGGGACGUGGAGGAUGAUGAGAAUGCAGGAAAAGUGCCACUUUGCACUGUCAUGUGGAGGGAUUCACGUCCUCACUUCUCCACUGUCUUUCACAACAACAUUUACAAAGUCCUUCAAGUUCCCAAAUCAGUGAGAGAUAUGAGAUAACAGCAGAUUUUCCAUCACCUUACUGUUUCCUGUCUUUGAUAUGUUUGUGUAUAUACACAGCAGUGAUUAUUUUUUGUGACCGUCAGAUGUGUUUUCUUGAGCCCUGCUUCUGCCACUUUGGUGUCCUUUAUGUUUUGAUAACCUGUAAGAGAUGUUUCAACCACAGUAAGAGAGUCAAUCAGUAUUGAAUCACCCCUUUUCAAUUAAAGGAAUAGUUCACCUAAAAAUUUAAUUUGCUGAAAAUGUACUCACCUUCAGGUCAUUCAAGAUAUAGAUGAGGUUGUUUCUUCAUCAGAACAGAUUUGUGUUGCAUGCUCAUUCUGACG